AUGAGUUACUUAUUACCGACACUGACGAGGAAGACAGAAGUCGACACAAUCAUCCGAGACACCAUCGACAAGGUCCUUGUCCUUCGCUUCGGCCGUGCCGCCGACGCCGUCUGUCUCCAACUCGACAACAUCCUUGCCAAGACCGCGCGUGAGGUUUCCAAAUUCGCAACGGUGGCUUUAGUCGAUAUAGAUUCCGAGGAUGUUCAGGUUUACGUCAAGUACUUCGAUAUCACUUUGAUUCCUUCCACUGUUUUCUUCUUCAAUGCUCAUCAUAUGAAGAUGGAUUCUGGGACUGCGGACCAUACUAAAUGGGUGGGUGCAUUUCAUGAAAAGCAGGACUUCAUAGAUGUUGUAGAGGCAAUAUUUAGGGGAGCCAUGAAAGGCAAGAUGAUUGUUAAUUGCCCCCUACCCCCAGAGCGAAUACCGAAAUAUCAACUGCUAUACAAGGAUAUGUAACCUUUUUGGGUCUUGACAUGGAUCAUUCGAGCAGUUGUUUACCUGAAGUAUUGCACCCUAGUUUGGUGAAUGCCAUUGAUCCCACAUAAGAAUCAUUUCAGUAAUUAUUCAAAUAAGGGAAUCGGAAAGUUAUGCUUCACCCUGAGAGGAAGGUAUCAGUUGAAAGAAAGUCAUUAGGUACCAGCAAUAGCAUGAUUCAAGCAAAGAAGCGAAGUCAACAUUAGAUGUAAUGAAAAGAAGUUAAUUCUCCUGUCUCAAUAGUGCUGUAUUGCUUAGCUGAAGGUCUAUCCAGAAAUGUCAUUGACUUAUAUCUGGUGAAUUCAAACUUUUGUACAGUUACCCUGCUCCAUCAUCUACUGAGAAAUUUCAUCUAUAUAUGUGAAUAG